AUGCCGUUAAUGGAUUCAAGCCUGCUCCGAAACUCAACCCCAUUUACACUUGGACCCCUACCCAACCUCCUGAAUAAAACCCAGAAAUGCCGCCACUCUCUCUCUUCAUUCUCCCUCCCAACAAAUUCUCGCAAACACCUCUUCAUGCGGAGAAGUGGCAGUAGCAGCGGACCCCGAAACGACGUCACUUUCGACGAGGCGGCUUACGAAGCCGAGCGGCUCAGCCUUGACGCCAAGGCUCGAGAAGAAAUGGCUGAGACUUCGAAGAUUGAGACCCAGCAAAGUGGGGUUGCCGAAGACCCGAAAGCUUGGAAAUGGGUGAUCCGGAAGAGAAUUUGGGACAUGAUGGAGGCCCGGAACAUAGCCCAGAAUCCGCGCCCUGUUCACCAUCGCAUCCCAAACUUCGUUGGCGCUGCAGCUGCUGCGGAUAAAUUGGGUGGGUUGGAAGUGUUUCGGGUCGGGAAUUGCGUGAAGGUUAAUCCAGAUUCACCUCAGAAGCAAGUCAGGUUUCUCACACUCUCUGGUGAGAAGAAGUUGUUAACUCCGCAACCCCGUUUAAGGACUGGGUUUUUCUCCAUUCUUGAAUCCCAUAUGUUGACUCCUAGUACAAUCAAAGAGGCUUGCACCUCUGUUGGGGUCGCCAAGUAUGGGCGGGCGAUUGGAUUAGACGAGAAAAUCAAGGUUGAUCUUAUUGUCAUCGGCUCAGUUGCUGUUGAUCCAAGGACAGGCGCUCGACUUGGCAAGGGUGAGGGAUUUGCAGAACUUGAAUAUGGGAUGCUGCGAUUCAUGGGAGCCAUUGAUGACUCAACACCAGUUGUCACUACGGUGCAUGACAGUCAAUUGGUAGAUGAUAUUCCGAUUGAGAAGCUGUUAGUCCAUGAUGUACCAGUGGACAUCAUAUGCACUCCAACCCAGGUCAUAUUUACCAACACAUCAAUUCCAAAGCCUCAAGGGAUUUACUGGGACAAAUUGUCCCCUGAGAAGCUCGGGCAAAUUAGAAUACUUAGAGAGCUCAAGAGAAGGAUUGAGAAGGAGACUGGACAAAAGCUUCCAUGUGGUCCAUCUGAGAAACUGCCUCCAACGGCUAGACGAGGGAGAUAA